AUGCGGUCCACUUUUUACAACUACGAAGCGCUCGAGAUUGUCGUUUUCACUCGAGGUAGACGCUGCGAGAAGGUCAAUAACUCUACCACUUGUAGAACCGUAUUCGUGGACGACUACCGCUAUGAACGCGAUAUCGUUCAGACGAAUCUCAUCGACUGGUAUGGCUUCAUUUCCAUGCUGCGAGGUGGUGCGCAGACGUACGUGUGGAUCCGUCUGGCCCUAUUGACGUAUGGCGCGUAUGUUGCUGCUAAGCCGAGUGUUGAUGGUAAGAUAACGUCGAAUUAUCGCUGGGUGUCGACUGCUAAGAUCGUGCUGAAGAUUCCCUUCCAAGUCAUCGUGUACUCGAGCUUGUUGCCUGUCAGUUUCUACGUCGUAGCGCUGGUGCUAGACAGCAGCUUCAUGGACAUUUUCCUCGACUCGUACUGGGCUUCUGUGGCUGGUUCUGUCAAUUUUGAGCUCAUGGCAUUUGUUGAUACGACUGCUGUUCAGAUGCGCAACGUUUGGUUGUUGGCACUACUUGGCUUCGUGCUAGUUUUCGUCAUUAGAAAGACUCGAGACCAUUGGCACGACGGCGUUCCAGGCGUUCGUGGUCUUCUCAUAAGUUUCACAUCCACUCUGACAAUAUGCGGUCCAUACAAGAAAUCCUUGCUACGAGACACGAACAUCACCAGUGUCUUUCGAAUUGCUGAUGAAGGAUCAACUAUGGACAUUAUCCACUGCAGUCCUGGCAGGUACAUGAACUCUUCGUCGUAUAUUUUCGAUGACAGCGCGACCAUGCUGCUCUUCUGUAUCGGCGCAGUCAUGACGGUGGCGAUCAUCAUCAAGUUCUUAGGAUCUUUCACGUCGACAAGCAGCUGGAUACGUCGAGAGACUGAAGGAGUCGUCCUGAGCUCGACGCCUGUUGUCCCCGGUGGGGCGAGGUCUCUGUGGCCGGCGUCUGUGAUGAGCAUUCGCUUCCACGCUGCGACGAGACAUCCAAUGCCUCGACAAGGACGAAGCAAACCCCACGUGGCUUCGUCACCAACGAUCGAUAUGAUCCCUCGACAAAUGAGGGGAUUUAGUCUUGCAGUUACUGGUAAUUUGCGACGUGGAGUGCAUUGCUGGUCGACAGAGUAUCGCUCUAUUAUCCAGCUGAUGAACGUCGCUAUGAUGACCGAUCCGUGGAGUUUAUUCUGGCUUCGAGUGCUUGGCAUCCAGCUCUAUCUCUACAAGAUCCACAACGAGGUUAGCAGUACUAGAUCUGGUAUAUACGCAGUUAUUUUACCAUUCCGAGAAGACGAAGUGGAAGAAUACACAGGCAUGAGCUCUGGGGAGUAUCAACUACUCGACUCGGCGAACUCUAGAGAUAUCCCAAUGUCCGUGUUGCUACAAUGCGGGUAA